GUCCGUUUCAGUCCAUGCCUACCUGGCAGGCAAUAAAUCGUCACUGUUCUGUACCAAAGUACAUCCGAGUCCAACGACUUCCAAAAGACUCCUGACAAUCUCAUUGACACCGUAAGGCAAGAAUGACUACAGCAUUGAUUCUCGGCUGCACCGGCCUCGUCGGCUCCCACAUCCUCUCAACCCUCCGCACCAGCGCACCACAAUUCUCCAGCAUUGACAUUAUCGCUCGACGCUCCCCUCCCGCUGCCCCUGAGGCUGCCGUACCUGUGAAGGAGUUCAUCGAAAAGGACACUUCAAAAUGGGUGCCACUUGUAUCCUCGUUGUCCCCGGCGCCCUCCGUCCUCUUCUGCGCUCUGGCGACCACCCGUGCCGCUGCAGGGAGCUUCGAAAACCAGUACAAGCUCGAACAUGACUUGAACAUUGAACUUGCAAAAGCAGCCAAACAAGCAGGGACAAAGACUUAUGUUCUCAUUUCCGCAGCCGGCGCGGACCUCAACUCGUUCUUUGCCUACCCCCGGAUGAAGGCCGAACUUGAGGAGCACGUCAAAGAAAUCGGGUUUGACCACACAAUCAUCGUGCGCCCAGGUCUCAUCACUGGCAACCGUCAAGAGAGCCGGCCUGGCGAGGCCGCAUUCAGAUUCAUCGCAGGCGCCAUGGGCCAUGUACACCACUCCUUGAAGGAUUCCUGGGCUCAGGACGCAGAUACAAUAGCCAAAGCCGCCGUCUUUGCGGCGACAAAGGUUGAGAAGGGCGAGGUAAAAGAUAAGGUCUGGAUUGUCGGACAGAAAGAUAUCAUGCGUCUGGGAGCGACGGAGAGAGAGGCCUGAUUUUGACUUGGCGUUGAUUAUGAUGUUGAAAUUUCGAUGGAGCACGACUUGAUACCCAUGUGAAAUAGUUCUUAUGGAUCUUCUCACAAUUGAUGAAGGCACUGAGAAUAUAUACAUGCGACACCUUCUUCGGACUCGCCAUCUGCACUUGUGCUCAAUGAAUGUUCUAC